AUGGCAUUCACAUCAGGAGUUAUCAGCUAUUUGAUCUCGUCCAGUCAGUAGAUGAGCUGUGUGUGUGUGCUUCUUUGUGUCCUCUCACGUUGGAUUGUCUGGCUGGGAGGCUGGUGUGUUAUCAGAAUGAGGGGAACGUGGAUAAAACGGCUGUUGUUGUUAGUGGGAGCUGUGGGGGUCAUGGUUUACUUCGGCAUCUUUCUGAAGAAUGGACACCAACAUAGCGUGGACACUAAAAACGAGAUGGACACACCGCGCAUGAAGCCCUCGUCCAACCUGGAGGAAAGAAUCAGCGAUCUAAACAAAGUACUCAGAGGUUUUGAGAAAAAGCAGGAUAUCAUGCAGAAAAUAUUGGAAGAGGACAGAGAAAAACAAAGAAAAUCAGCAGAAGUCCAACGGCCAGCAGAGAAGAAGAAAGAUGAUGCAAAUAUCCAACCCCAAAAUGAAGCAGAUCAAAUGAAAAAGUCUGAAAAACUGUUCCCUAACUCGGUCUUGUUCAAGGAGUGGGGGGCAAAUCUCUCUGAAGAUGACCAAAGAGAGGCUCAGAGCCUGUAUGAGAAGUAUGGGUACAAUGUUUAUCUGAGCGAUCGCCUCCCUCUGGAUCGACCUCUUCCAGAUACCAGAGAUCCUCGGUGUUUGAAAAAGAGUUACCCCAAGGACCUGCCGAGUCUCAGUGUGGUGCUCAUCUACCUGGAUGAAGCCCUGUCUGUUCUCCAAAGAGCCCUGCGCAGCAUCAUCAACCGCACUCCUAAAAACCUGCUGAAGGAGAUAAUAAUGGUGGAUGACCAUAGUUCUAAUGACAAUCUGAAGGGUGACCUUGACGUUUAUGUGAAGUUGCUUGAGCAGGAGAACCCUAAUCUCCGUAUUGUGAGAGUGAGGCACAGUGAGCAGAGAGGUCUCGCUCAUGCCAGAGCAUCCGGGUGGAGGGCUGCUACUGCUGACGUGGUGGCCAUCCUGGACGCACACAUUGAAGUCCAUGAGAUGUGGGCUGAACCUCUGCUGACACAGAUUAAAGCUGACCGAACUGUGGUGGUUUCCCCGGUGUUUGAUAGAGUCAACUUUGAUGAUCUCAAGGUUAUUACAUAUCAUCCCAAUGCACACGCCUUCGACUGGGCUCUGUGGUGCAUGUAUGAGAGUUUUACACCCGAGUAUUACAAACUUAAUGACGGUUCACUGCCUGGAAAGAGUCCAUCUGUCAUGGGGAUCAUGGUUGCUGAUAGAAAGUUUCUAGGGGAAAUUGGAGUCCUUGAUGAAGGAAUGAAAGUGUAUGGUGGAGAAAAUGUUGAGCUGGGAAUUCGUGUAUGGACAUGUGGGGGCAGUGUUGAAGUUGUUCCAUGUUCCAAGAUCGCCCACAUCGAGAGGGCCCACAAGCCCUACAUGCCUGACCUGGGUCCUGCCAUGAAGAGAAAUGCCCUCAGAGUUGCAGAGAUCUGGAUGGAUGAAUACAAGCACAACGUUAACUUGGCUUGGAACAUCCCAUUUGAGAAUCAUGGAAUUGACAUAGGUGACAUUUCAGAGAGGAAGAAACUCAGAGAAAGGCUGAACUGUAAACCUUUCAAAUGGUACCUGGAUAAUGUGUAUCCUAAGCUGGAUCCCUGGGACGACCUCCUCGCAUAUGGAGGAAUGAAGAGCCUUGACGCUGACAUGUGCAUAGACCAAGGUGCAGUACCAGGUCACACACCGAUAGCCUACAAUUGCUACUACUAUGGACCUCAAUUCACAUAUUAUCGUGGAACGGGUGAGCUCUACAUUGGUGGCAUCAAGUCACAUAAGUACAAUGACAACCGAUGUUUAGCUGACAUAGGCACAGAAGAAACUGAGCCUGGCCUGUACAACUGUAAAGAGGCUAUGCAGAAAGGAAUGGGGAUAUACUGGGACUUCACUCAGGGCGAAGAACUGAAGAACAGACAGACAAAGAGAUGCCUGGAAAUUAUAAACAAGAAACUUAUAAUACAGGAAUGUACGGGUCAAAGAUGGACAAUUCAACACAUAAUCAAACCCUUUUAAAGUGUGUUUGAGCUCUGUUCAUUGGGCAGUGGAUAAGUUACACCUGGGUGCUCUAUUGAGGACAAUACAUUGACUUUUGCUUCCAAUACUUUUAAUGUGAGUGUGUGUGUAUUACAGAUUUUAAAGCCAAGAUAUUUGAAAAAAUACCUUAGAUAUUAAGUAGGUUUUGUAUCAAAGAUUUUCAGUCUAGAGUAGCACAACAAACUUUGAGUCUUUUCAACAUUCAAGACCAAGUUACACAGUUGUGAAAUCCUAGCAGGGUGUUGCCAAUUAUAUGUCUGUACAAGAGUUGACAUGAAUUGCAGCAAAUCCAUGUUCACAUAUUCUGUCCCAGUAAAACUCAUGCUUGGUAAUUGCAGUUUUAAAGUGAUGCUUUACUUAUUAAGUUUCAGCUACAAUGGAGACCAUAAAAUAAUAUCUUUUAAUAACACAUUUGCUCUGUCUGUUACAAGUUUGAAGGACUUGAGUUUCCAGUAUUUCAACGGUAGUUACCAUAGCAAAAUCUAUAAUUCAUAUCUGUCCUUGUGAUGGCCAAACCCGUGGCCACACUCUAAAGUCGGUAACUUUUGUAUUUUCAUUCUUCAUUUGAACAUAGUAAUACAUUUUAGUUUCCAAUAACUUUAUUGAUUGGUUUGGAUACAUUUGUUCUAUUUGUAAGCGCGCGCAUUUAGUUUACUUAUGUAUUCAUACUACUUCAUUUCUUUGCUUUCUGACUAACCUUUGUCUUUUUAUUUCUUACCUGCCAUAAUCCCUGGGAGUUGCUGGACAAAAGAUGGUAGCCAGGGUUUGAAACCAUUAAAUACAAAGGAAGAUAAUUGGACCACACCACCACUUCCUGCUGAAGGGGAGAAUGUGUGUUUUCUUUACUUUAAAAACAAAGUAUUUGUAUUUAAUUAAAUAUUUGAGUUUAGGGUUUAAUGGGGUUUUUAAUUUUCUUCUUUAGUGUUUAGUUUAUUAACAAACUAGAUUGUGCUGCAUCGUUUGUGAUUUAUGAUUGUGUUUUGUUUGUUACCCCUCAUGUGUCACAAUGGUCUGACAGCCAUUAUAUGUACCCUUGUAUGUCAUUUCAUGUUUAGGUCAAUUAUGUAUGUUUGUAGCAGUCAUUUGGUUUGUUACGUUUGCAGUCUUUGCCUGAGUUCAGUUUUGCUUCUUUGACCUCUUUUAUGAGCUCAACAUUUAUUAUUCUUGUAAAUAUAAUUUUUGGGGGUUAAAUAAAUGGAAACUAUAUUUUUCUAAUAAUUCCGGGGACUCCUCCUGUUUUUCAACUCGGUCCAUCACAGUCCUGUUGGCACUAGUGGGUAGUUAAAAGAUUUCGAAAUGUAUUUUAUAGAUCUUAUGUCUGUUAUGUUACUAAUGAAAAAUAAAUGUGGUAAAGACCUAUGAAGGAAUAUCAUUCAACUGAAAUAUAAUAUAAUUUAAAUAUUUAAUUUAAACAUGACUAACAUCAGGAUGCAUGCCUAAAAGGGAACAGAUGUCUGACUAUUUUGUAGAGUUCUCUGGAAUGUAGUGCAUCAUAAUGAAA